UAACUCUCACCCAUAGAAAUGUGGUUGAGUGGGUAUACAUGUAUGCCUACAUGUAAAGUAUACAUUGACAUGCAAGUAAAGUAAUUAUUUUUUCAGUGCAGACUUUGUGACUGAUCCAUAUGUUGUUCUGUCAAACUACCAAUACAUUUGUAAGAUUGUCAGUGAAAGGUAUGGUCUGCCAUGUUUAUUCCUGGAAUGCCCGUUUCCUCCGCCCAUGAACAUGACCUAUGUUAAAAGUAAGUGAACAAAUCUUGAGUACGGCAUUUAAACAUCGAGGGAAAGAAAAAUUUUAUUAUUGUACAAUUUAAUUUUUGUAGAUGUUGGAGUAGCCUUGUUGUGAAUUUGCCAGCAUACUGUAUUUUUUGAAAUUGCUCAGAGAUGACAUCAGCCAGCAGUGAUGGCAGAAAGAUUGGUGCCAUCUGAGACUACCACCCCAGCUUUGCUUCGUGAACAUGCUCAACUUACCACUUUGUUGGGAAAGCUUCCGAAGAAGGCGCAGCGAGGAUUGAUGACCUAUGUAGACAUCACACUGACAUGUGUGGAUGCCAACAAGGCAUUCAUUGCUUUGGGGAGCAGUGUGGGUUUGGUGUUCCUAUAUAACAGGGCCAAAGAAACUGUGGACAGGCUCCGCUGUAAGUCCUACAAGGAUGUGGUGAAGUGUGUGAAGCUACACUGGGGUAUAGAGCAACAACUGGCUGUGGGCACAGCCUCAGGAGAUGUGUACCUAUUCCAGAUCCCAUCCCAGGGGGCGGCACCCAGGGCAGUCGGCAAACAGUUACAGGAAUUCUGUCUGGACCUUCAUCAGUCUCCUGUGACUUAUGUACACUGGAGCCCAAACGGGAUGAAGCUGUUCAGUGGAAGUGAGGCUGGAAAAGUCAUCUCUACAGAGGUGGAUUUUUAUGAGGGUCAAAGUAAGUCAACUGAAGUUGUCAAGGAACAUGAUCCGAUCGUUCAGCUAGAUUACACCAAAAAAACUCUGCUGGUAUCCACAACGACCAGAACUCUCCUCUGUGUGACAGAUAACAAUAACCAGCUGAUCCAAGUCGGACAGAAAGAGAGGAAAAUUCAGGGUCAUUUCGGGACCUGCUAUGCAGAUGGGGUGACUAAAGCGGAUACGUUCCUGUAUGCAGCUCGACCUAGCCAGAGGCUGUGGAAGGCAGAUCUCUCUGGUACUGUCAACUCCACCUACAUAUUCAAAGAGCUAUUAAGUGCUCCACACACAGAGAUCCCACUUCUGCACAACGAGACGCAGAAUUCAGUCCCUUGGUCAGAGUUCCAGUUUCAGAAGCUGGCAUUGCUGGGCAAUGGCUGUGUGCUGACUUGGAGUCAGAAUUGUCUGUGUGUACUUGACCCAUCUAAAAACGUGAUAGUAGGAAGUCAGAAUCGUAUGGGAGAGUUGCUGGAUGUGGCAGCCUGCACAGACGAGGUAUUUGUUCUCAGACAAGGCUGCGAGUACAACCUGAUCCGCCUGGGAGAACAGCCAGAAAACAUACACCUCACAAGUCAUGUUCCAAGUCCAGUGCCAAGUCCAGUGCCGUCUCCUGUCCACCUCGCCAAGCUGUCACGGGGCGCCUCACCUGUAAACCUGCCAGUCCAUGAUCGAGAAACCAAAAACAGGUCACCGUUCAACUUCUUACAAAAAAACAUCUUCAAAAAGUUGCACAGCGGGAGUGACAAGGAGCUUGGUGUAGCUGUAGGUGUGGAGAUGGAUGUUGAACCUGCCAAGACUGUCUUUAGUAGUGAGUGGGGCCCUGAGAGGGAAUCUGUCCCUCAGCUUUUAGAGUUUAGUGCUGCAGCCCCUGGACGGUCCUCGGAACACAGUGGUGUCGUGACCCCUAAACCCCAGAGCCCCCCCAAGCGUACCAAACCUCCCACCCAGGACCAAGAUGACUCAUACUUGCCUCCAGUUGUCACCCUGGGGGAAGCACCUAGUAUUCAGCUGUAUGACCAAGGUGUUAACCCUCUAUCUGCCAGUGACAGCACAGAUAACAGAGCCUGGGAGAGGCCUUGUUUGGCACAGUCUUCCCAGGAUACCCCAGCCUUCUCAACACAAGGUUCAGCACUAACAAGUUCUCGUGAACCCAGCCCUAAGCCAUUCACAGCCUCAAACCUGCAGGACUUUGGGGAUGAAAUCGUCUUCCCAAAAGCCAAACCCAAGAAAGGGAAGAGGAAAGGAAAAUCAGGGAAAUCCAAUACUGAUGUGACAGAGAAAGCCUCUGAUCUGAGUCAAGAGAGUGAUUCAGGAGGUAGUAAACUUAGCCUGGUGCAAGAAGAUGAACCAAGGUCAAAGGCCACUGCAGAGGUUACAGGUCAGGGGAAGUACACAAAACUCAGUGGGAGUGAGAUGUCAUCAGGCUCUGUCUCGGUGUUAGAGAGACAGUUAAAAUCUGGCGAGAGUCUGGAGAGUGAGAACAAGUCAGCGGGUAAACAGGCUGGGGGCUAUGAUAUGAGAAAUGUUGAAAAAAGUGAUGUGACGGGUGUAGAAAAAGUUGGUGCUGCACAUAAACAAAAUGAUGUGACUCACAAAGGAACUGAUGAGGUGACAAACAAAGGAACUCAUGAUGAGGCAAACAAAGGAAGUCCUAAUGUGACAAUCAAAGGAACCCCGGAUGCGACAAAAAAAGAUAAUGAUGAUGUGACAGAUAGUGGUAUCCAUCUUGGUACAAAUCAGUGUGACACUGUUGUUCCAAACUUUCUCAGUCAACAGGCAGAUGGCUUAACAAAACCAAAAUCAGUGAGUGAUUCACUUAAACCUACUCCCACAACUGCCAUGCCGGUCACAAAGGAGGGCAUGUCCAGUUCUUCCUCAGAAACUGCUGCAGGAAAAGCCAGUAAUUUACCUGCAGUUACCAUUACUCCAGACAAAGAUACCAGGAAUUUGCCAUCCACAAAAGACAGUCACAGACAAAUCCAAGAUAGGAGUGAUACACUUGUGCAAGAUCAGCUCCAGCAGGGAUCUUUGACACUCAACUUAAGACAUGGCGCUGGACGCCCUCUAACCACAGAAGACAUUUAUGAUAAAUAUGGAUCCUGGCACAAUCAGCCUGUUAAGGAGGGUGUCAAGCCAUCAGAAGAAAUCCCUGACAAUAAUAUCCAACAGACUGUGGUGAGAGAGGAACCAGAGGUGGAGGCACAAGUGGAGUCUGUUCGUGCUGAGGCUCUACCUUACACAGACUUGUGGGCACAGCUCCCCAGCCCUGGGGUCAUACAGAGCCUGUCGCUCUCCUGCACCCACGUGUGGAUGACGGACAAAGAUGAACACAUCUACUACAGCUCUCUGUCAGGCCCUGGUCUCAGCUGGAAAAAGAUCAACGUCUCUGGGAAACAGAUUGCAGUCUCACCGAAUGGUAGCAUUCUGUGGAGGGUACAUUGUAACAAGGCCUACGCUGCCACCAAAAUCACAGGCAAGAAACCGGACGGGACGAAAUGGAUUGAAGCGGUACGAGACGUGGCCUUCAUUGCAUUAGACAAUACAAUGUGCUGGUGCGUUAAGGUCAGCGGAGAGGUCAAAGUUCAGUGUGAGCUGAGGCGAGAUCGCACUACCCACAAAAUAAAGGACGUGCCCUGCAAACACAAGCUGCGUCAGAUAGCGUGCCUGGAGGGAGUGAUCUGGGCAGUGACUGAUGAAUGUCAGUUGUUGGCCAGGUCAGGGGCCACAGACACAGAACCAUAUGGGACAGAUUGGACUCUACAACAUAGUGAGAAAGAUGGUGUGGCAUUCUGGUGUGUGGCUCUAGGACCCAACAGAGUGGGCUGGGCUAUGGAUGUGUUGAAACGGAUCUGGUUUUGUAUGAAUGUCACCAGAGACCGGCCAUUUGGUGAUGAAAAGUGGUGGCAGGUGUCCAGAAGUGAGUUUGUGGUUCAGGACCCAACAGCUGUGGACAAACUGAAGAUGUUUGCAGGGAUAUUUGACCUUCAGAGGAUAGUGCGAGAACUGGGCGCCCAGCAGGGGGGCUUGAUUGCCUGUGAGGAUUCUGGCACAUGGGUGUGCACCCAACAGGAAAAGGGCAUCCAGGUGUGCCGCAGUGCUGUGCUAGGCAACCACUGGCAAGAGACUCACCUGUUGGGUAUGGCCUCCUCUACCAGCUGGAAACAUUUGUCAGCAGGCAAUGCUCAUCUGUCUUACGGCUCUGUAUGGGCACAGCAGCCUAAUGGAGAACUGUUUGCCUUCCCGACACACUCAUUCCACUUCACCAAGGUGGACUCCCCUGGCCUGCACACCUAUUUCACCUGUCUAUCUGUGAGCAGGGAGGCUGCUUGGGGGCUUACUGCUGAUGGGGAUGUGUUUAUCAGGACAGGAAUGGGCCCACACUGUCCCUUAGGAGCUAGCUGGCUGCAGCAGGACCUAACGCAGAUAGGUGAGGCUCACAUAGUGAGUAUCAGCUGUGGUUCUCAGACGGUCUGGGCCGUGGACUCUGAUGGUCAGGUGUUUCAGAGAUUGGGGGUAAGGCCAGCCUCUAGCUACCAGCUUAACCCUGCCUGGUUACCAAUCCCCUCAAGGGCAGCCAUUUUCUUCACACAUGUUGCCACGGGCCCUGAGGACUUCAUGGUCUGGGCUUUAGACAACCAUAGACAGGUGUAUGCCCGUAUUGGCGUGACUGACCUGAUGCCUAUAGGCAAGGAGUGGGUCCAUGUACCAGGAAUCCAGGCUAAUGAGCUAAGUGUGAGCCAGCAGAACGUCUGGGCCUUAGCCCUGACCGGAGAGCUCUACUGUAGACGAGGCAUUCAGAAGACGUGUCAGGUGGGGGAUUACUGGCAGAAAAUUCCCACGAACGGCACUCUGGUCACUAUCUCAGUUGCAGCUGAUGAUGACUUGUGGGGUAUCAGUGGGGAGGGGAAGCUGUUCCACCGCACCACCCAGCUACUGCCUUGUCAUAAGCGCGCCACAGCUGGCAGACAGGUGUCACUAAGUGUCGGCAGCACGGAGGAGGGCGAGUGGGAGUUCUUGUGACGCACCGAAGA